AGAGAUAAAAGAGUGGUCAUCCAAAGCCCUACAAAAUCCUCUCUCUCUCUCUCUUUCACCAUUAAAACCAGAAACCCAGAAGCAGAAAAAUAAAAAGAAAUAGCUUUUACUGAGGAGCCACUACCACUCACAGAAUUUUACAGAAUCCCAAAAAAAACCCCACAAGAAAAAGAUUCAAUCUUUCACAUCCAUUUUUUGUUUUUUUUUCAGAAAAACAUAGAAACAACCUCAAAAUCUCUUUCCCACGGCUACACUCUCUUACAAAGAAGAAAAACCAAACAUGGGUUUGUCACUCAAGCUCUCGUCUCUUUGCACCAUCAUCAUACUCUCCAUGGCUCUGUUCUCAGAUCUCAAGCCAGCGGAUUCUGCAUCACCAGACUACACAAACUUAAUCUACAAAGGAUGCGCAAGACAGCAGUUCUCAGAUCCGUCUGGUCUUUACUCGCAAGCCCUCUCUGCAAUGUAUGGCUCAUUGGUCACUCAGUCAACUAAAACCAAGUUCUACAAAACCACUACUGGUACGACGAGCCAAACCACCAUUACUGGUCUUUUCCAGUGUAGAGGAGACUUGAGCAACAACGACUGUUACAACUGUGUUAGUCGUCUUCCUGUUCUCUCCGGGAAGCUCUGCGGCAAAACCAUUGCCGCUAGAGUUCAGCUCUCCGGCUGUUAUCUUCUUUAUGAAAUUGCUGGCUUUGCUCAAAUUUCAGGGAUGGAGAUGUUAUUCAAGACAUGUGGGAAGAACAACGUGGCCGGAACAGGGUUCGAAGAGAGGAGAGACACAGCGUUUGGUGUAAUGCAAAACGGUGUCGUUUCAGGGCACGGCUUCUACGCGACUACGUACGAAUCUGUUUACGUGCUAGGACAGUGCGAAGGCGAUGUGGGAGAUUCAGAUUGUAGCGGCUGCAUCAAGAACGCGUUAGAGAAGGCUCAAGUGGAAUGUGGAAGCUCGAGCUCCGGUCAGAUUUAUCUUCACAAGUGUUUCAUCGGUUAUAAGUAUUACCCUAAUGGUGUUCCCAAAGGACCUUCUUCGCCUUCUUCAAGCUCUGGCUCUUCAGUUUCUUCUUCUUCAGGAACAACAGGCAAAACGGUGGCAAUAAUAGUAGGAGGAACAGCUGGUCUUGGAUUUCUUAUCAUUUGUUUGCUUUUCGUCAAAAACUUGAUGAAGAAGAAAUAUGACGAUUAUUGAAAAUAAGGAGGAUGAAGCCAACAAAAAGAACCCAACCCCGGAAUAGAGAAAUGGGACCAUUAUGUUAGAAGGGACUCGAGUACUUCAAAUAUGUUUUCAAAUUCGGUUUAAAAAAGAAAACUGUAAAUGAAUUUGAUCAUCCGUACUUGCUAAAGACUUUUGUCUGAAUUUCCUA